AGGCCAACCAGGCAAUUCCUGGGCUUUUCUCAGGAGACACCACGAACCAAGACCUGUUCCCGGUGGGUUUGCCAGGAAUUGCUCCGCUCUGAAGGGGAAGGGAGUUUAAUAACAUGGAUUAAGGGAGUUUAAUGACAUGAACGAGGCAGUUCUGGGGCAUUUGGACCAGCAUUUUGAAUGUCAUUAAUGAACUAAUUUAGGCCCAGCACUGAGGCCACCCUUUCCCUGCAGGCACUGCCCGUCCCUCAGGCAACCUGCAGAGGAUGUUGGACAAACACGUUCCACUUUAAUCCCUUUCAACCCCCUACAUUCGUCUUCCUUCACGCUGCUCCCAGCUCAGGAGGCAGAAGACACUGGCAGUGACCUGAGAUAACAUGAAAUAAAUGUUAUUUAGUUCUGGCUGAUUUCGCAGGAACAGUUAAAUCCCCUUUUUCCUAAAGCAGGUGUGUGGGAACCAACACUCACACGGAGCCGGCAAGGGGUCAGGGGCUUGUGUUUGCAAAACAAGCCCAUCAGGAGCUUCUUGGAGAGCCUGAAGUGUCCUCUCCAAGAAGUAAAACCUUUCUUGGGUUGAGCACGACCUCGGGAAGGAUGAGCCACGUGAGAGAUGCCUGAGGAUUCUUUGCUUAUCCAGGGCUGAAAAGGGAAGGAAGGCACAGGAGGGAACACGAUCCCGCUCUAUAAAUACCUUCAAGAAGGCAUGGCAGAAGCCGUGGGCUCGAGCAGGGACUGCCUGCAGGCCGGCGAGUCGUGCACCACCGACCCCGUGUGCAGCGCCAAAUUCCGGACCCUGCGGCAGUGUAUCGCCGGGAACGGGGCCAACAAGCUGGGCCCCGACGCCAAGAGCCAGUGCCGGAGCACGGUGACAGCCCUGCUCUCCAGCCAGCUCUACGGCUGCAAGUGCAAGAGGGGCAUGAAGAAGGAGAAGCACUGCCUGAGUGUCUACUGGAGCAUCCACCACACUCUCAUGGAAGGAAUGAAUGUCCUGGAGAGUUCCCCCUACGAGCCGCUGAGCAGGGGCUUCGAUUACGUCCGCCUGGCCUCCAUCACUGCAGGGUCGGAGAACGAGGUGACGCAGGUGAACCGGUGCCUGGACGCGGCCAAGGCCUGCAACGUGGACGAGCUGUGCCAGCGGCUGCGCACGGAGUACGUGUCCCUGUGCAUCCGGCGCCUGGCCCGCGCCGACUCCUGCAACCGCUCCAAGUGCCACAAGGCCCUGCGCCGCUUCUUCGACCGCGUGCCCCCCGAGUACACCCACGAGCUGCUCUUCUGCCCCUGCGACGACACGGCCUGCGCCGAGCGCCGCCGCCAGACCAUCGUCCCCGCCUGCUCCUACGAGGCCAAGGACAAGCCCAACUGCCUGGCGCCGCUGGAUUCCUGCCGGGAAAACUACGUCUGCAGGUCCCGCUAUGCAGAGUUCCAGUUCAACUGCCAGCCCUCCCUGCAGGCUGCCAGCGGGUGCCGGAGGGAGAGCUACGCUGCCUGUCUGCUGGCCUACACUGGCAUCAUAGGCAGCCCCAUCACCCCCAACUACAUCGACAACUCCACGUCCAGCAUCGCUCCCUGGUGCACCUGCAACGCCAGCGGGAACCGGCAGGAAGAGUGUGAGACCUUCCUGCACCUCUUCACCAACAACAUCUGUCUCCAAAAUGCCAUCCAGGCCUUCGGCAACGGGACGUACCUGAGCUCGGCCGCGGCCCCCUCCAUCCCCCCCACCACACAGAUGUACAAGCAGGAGCGAAACGCCAACAGGGCCGUGGCCACCCUCCGAGAGAACAUCCUGGAGCACCUCCAGCCCACCAAGGUGGCGGGGGAGGAGCGGCUCCUCCGGGGCUCCACCCGUCUGUCCUCAGGGACCUCCAGCCCGGCAGCCCCUUCCCCCUGGGCAGCCUCUCCGCUCUGGAUUUGGCCUCUCCUCACUCCUGCCGUGCUGAGCCUCUCUGGGAUGUGAGGCAGGGCAGGAAUGUGCCGGACACGGACUCGAUUUGGUGUCGGUUUCCUUACAAAACAACCAGAGCAGUGACUUUUUCAGGAGGAGGAAGGGGAUGGGAAGGAGAGGUGUGGUUUGGGCAUCCCUCCCUCCUCCUCCUCCUCAUCCCUCUGCCAGUUUAUUUGAUUUUCUACAAUUGGCAUCGUCAACAACCGGUUCAUCCUUGGUCCUGGCCACCUUCCCACCCCACAGCUUGGUUGUUGUCUCUCCAGCUCUCUGUGGAGGGGGUUGGAGCCAUGGACAGUCCCAUUGAAAAAGAGGAAGGAGAGAGUUGAUCCAGGACAUGGGAGCUGCAAAGGAAAUGCUUUUGCCUGCCCCAUCCAGGAGGGGAAAGACUUUGGAUGGAUGGAGAAGCCGUCAGGAGGUUUCCUGAAGCCCUGACUCAUCCUGGGGGGCUCUUGGCAGGACAAGUCAAGCGAUGUGGAGCUCAAACUGUCUCCAGGGACGCUCAGGACCUGAAGGACAACCCACCUGGUUGCUUCAGACUGAAGAAACCAGAGCAGUGGUGAGAAGGUUGUUGGGAUCGUUCACCAGAGAGGAACCUGAAGCACCGCUGGGGUGGAGCAAAUCAGCACACUCCGAACUGGCUGGCAGGGAUUCUCCACCCUCUGGAAAAGCAGAGUACAACCAGCAUGUGUCUCCCAGCUGCCACCCACCCCUCGGGCCCUCCUUUUUGGGGAAACCUGUGUCAUGUGUUGCUGGUGUUCAGGAAGAAACACGUGUGUUGCGUUUUGUUCCCGGCUGGUUUUUCGUGUCCUGACCCGAGAAUCCCAAUCCUCUGGUCCUGUCAAGUGUUUGGGGUGGAGUGUUUUUUUUUGGUCACAUCCAAACAACCAGAGGCCAGUGUUGUCCCACUCCAAGCUGAGCUUUCUCCAUCAGGGAUCACUGUGUGAGCCCAACACAACCCACUCUCACGCGCUGCCUGUGCAUCCAUCAAUCUCAGUCUGCAGCCAGGGGAUUUCAUCAGUUUUCCUGGGAAGAGGCAGGUAGGAGAGGUUUCUAGAUACCACCCUGAGGACAGAAAUAUCCAGGAAAGGCCAUGUAAUGGAUCAUGCUAUGGGUAGGGAAUGCAUUGCUGUGGUUUCCUCUCCUUGGAGAACUCUCCUCACUUGUGUCCAGGUGAGCAGGGAAAGGGCUUUUCCUCCUGCCAGCUCCUGUUUCUUCAGCCAAGAGGUCACUUGAACAAAGGGAAGGGACCCUUUGGACUGAGCUGCAGCCAGAGCUGGAGGGAGGUGGGGGUAAAUAUCUCUGGGGUGUCUUGGGUGGCUCUGGUGUGACCUGAGCAUCCUCUUCCCUUGAGCUGAGGAGUCCCAGUACCUUCCUGGAAGGCUGAGCCCCUUCCUACAUCAAACCAGGAAAGAGAAUGCAAGGAAGGGUGAGAAGGCUUCCCAAGAUAAAUGCUGAUCCAGGCUGGCUGCCACGGGAGGCACAGGAAUAGCCCCAGAUUCUCCCGGAAUAUUGAGGCUUGGGAUUUGCAGCAGCCCAUUUCUCCCUUGGGUUGUGCUCCUCCAAGGAGCACCAUUAUUUCCUUAGCAUUUGGAUCCGUGGAAAGGCUUAGCAGCAGCUGACACAGAAGAAUUCAGUGCUUUUUGUUCCCAUUCCCUGUAGAACACCUCCCAUUGUUUCCUCCUGCAGAUUUUGCUGGGAAACUGCAGCAGCUUCCUUGGGUUUUGGUCCAACGUGGAACCUCUCUUGUUUGGAGCUGAACACCUGUGGGUGUGACAGACACAGCCAGAAAUCCUCCUGGUGCAUCCUGUCCAAAAUUCCUGGUGUUCCUAAUCCAGGGCAGAGGAACAUGCCAAGAUCCAAGGCCUGUGUCCAGGGUGGGAACAUGCCAAGAUCCAAGACCUGUGUGUAGGGUGGGAAUAUUCCAAGAUCCAAGGCCUGUGUGCAGGGUGGGAAUGUUUCAAGAUCCAAGGCCUGUGUCCAGGGUGCCAAGUCCCACCCUGAGCUGAGACUUCCAGGUGAGAACUUCAUGGCCAAAAGGCUCACCCCGGGUGAGAGAAACAGGCAGGGAGGGAGAGCUCCAGGGAAGUCCUUUCCAAGUGCCAUAUCCAUGCAUGGAGUUGACAAACAAUCCAUGAACGUCUCCCCUUCAUCCAGGACUUCAGUGUCCUCUGGGAGAGCAAAUGGCACAACCCCAACCCUGCAAAACUCGUGUCCUCUGAGGUGGGAGGGGGAUGAAACUCUGAUGCUCAGCCCUUCAAAGGCAAGGAACUACCUCAGCUCCGUGAGGUCACGCUGGGAAUUGCCUUCCUGUGCCCCUUUCCUUCCCAAUCCUGCAGUCAUUCCCUGCUUUUCCACACAUCCAGCCUGUCCCCACCACUCUUUAACGAUGCACAGGCUGAGUCUCUGUAGGCUGGGGACACAAGUGCCAGCUGCUCUCCAGGAGCACCCACUCCUGGGGCUCUCAUGGCUCCACUCCCAGGGCUCUCACAGCUCAGUUCCAGUGAUGCUGAAGUGCCACUUUGCCAUUUCCUUCUCACCCAGCAGAGGAAGAGUUUUUCUGGCUGGUUGGGAUGAUUGGAAAGCCCACCUGACCUCUCCUUUCAGGCUGGUGCUGUGGAAAAUCGACGUGGAGAAUCCAGAGGUCACCUAGUCCAGGGCCCUGCCCCACAGCAGCACCAGUGGUCUGUUUGCACUUUUUGGAAGGUUCAUUUUAAAUGAUUUUUAACAAUUUCAGUGAGAGGUGUCAUCAUUUCCCCUGGAUUUGUAUUGUAGAAUCAUGGAAUGGGUUGGCAGGAACCUUAAAGAUCAUUCAGUCCAACCCCCUGCCAUGGGCAGGGACACCUUCCACUAGCCCAGGUUGCUCCAAACCUGGCCUUGGACACUUCCAGGGAUAUCUUGCUUUUAAGACUCCUUAGGAUUUGUUCUCUCUAAGCAUCACAGCUGAAUGAGACCCUCAAUUCCCAUUUCCUGUCCUUUGGAAA